CCUACUUUGCUCUCCCCUCCCUGGGGCUACCUUAAAGAUACAGAGCUUAAACCUGACUCUGACGCAUCUCCCAUUCGAGUAACGGAGAUCAAGCGUCUCCUACACACAUCGCCAUACACUCCUCUCCAACAGGUAAAUCACACACACAUACACACACACACAAAUAUGCUGGAGAGGAAAAGCGAGGUUCGGGUUAAGCAUUCGCUAUCGACUGUAGGCGUUAAUCCGCAAUAAUGAGCACGACACCAAAAGAAAAGUUCGUGUGUACCAAUCGGAAGUUCUGUGUUGCUGCCAACAACGUAUCACACACACACAAACACAAGUGUGCGUAGGCAGCAGGUAAAGUUUACUGUUUGGAGACAAAUUCUUUUUUCGGCGUAGUAGUUCAGAUACCCGCCUAAACGCACAGGUGACAGUAUGGCUCCUUCAGCCAGAGACGGAGAGGUUCGGUUGUUGCACACCUGGGCUGCUCCCGGCGUCCCGACUGCCUCACGACUGGGGGGGAAAAGGUUCUCCCGCGGUCAGAGUGCGGGAGCGGCGCAAGUCAGCCCGCGCUUCCCCUCGGUCAACCGGAGCGCCGAAAACUUUCGGAACCGCUUCAGUCUCCUAGCUCCUUCUCGCCGCUCCUUUGAGUGACGCCUCCCAUCGCCCGCCGCCACCGAGGAGGGACCGGCUGGCCCCGCCCCUCGGAAAGAGAGAGAGAGAGAGAGAGAGAGACUCCCACCAAGGCCACCUCUGCCUCUCCCACCGCGGAGCAGGCGACCGCCACAUCUGGCCAGGCUGAGGUGAGAGAGGAGCCAGGGCGCCCGGCUUGGCAGGACUUUCAAAAGGAAGUCCGGAACAAGCGCUCCGGUUCGUCGGCUCUGGCCGAACCUGACGGGGCCGUUUCGGCCCCCUCUCGCGCCACGCGCGCCUUUUCUUGCUUUCCUUCCCCUUCCCUUCGCUUCCCGCCUGAGCAAUUCCGAGGAUGAGGAGGGGGAAGGGGAAGGGAGGAAGCGAGAGAAGCGCUGCGGGUCUGGCUGCCUCCGAGCCGUCGCUUGCGUGAAGCCGAGGGGGGGAAGAGGAGCCUUCGAAGAGCCAUCCCUACCUACCCCCUUCAAAGGGCAGAAGCAGCGGAGGUCUCCCGCCAGCUUUGACGCUGGGGUGAUUUGUGCGCAUAUGCACACAACCAACAGUUUGUUCGGCUCCGGCUUUCUCAAUAGCCGAAGACGAUCGGAUUAAGAACACCGCCGUACUUGGUUGACAAGAGGCGGUGAGGUGUUUCAGUUCGUCCUAAAUGGCACUAGGGGUUGUUGGUCUCGGCGGAUUUUUAAACCAGCCCGGUUGUGAAACAGAUUGUUCAUGCUCAGAUGACCCGCUAAGAGUUUAAAUGGACCGUAAGUUUGAAUACAUUUCUGCUCAGUUGUUCUGUGGGAGUAAAGAUGAAAGAGCUGACAUUAGGAAUCGGAUACUUCAUGAGUAACUUUUUCUGAUGUGGAUAUGAAUCUCUUGUUGGAAAAAUGUUGGACUCUAUAACUGCUGGAUAGUGAUGAGCAGCUGUCUACAGGCAACAAGAUGUGGUUGCCACCACAGAUGGUUCUGAAGAGAAAUGAUGUUUGAAAGGACUGUCUUUUAAUAGUUCCUAUGUGGGGAUCAAAAUAGAAAAUCAUGAUAGCUACCGGGGGAGUCAUAACAGGACUGGCUGCCUUAAAAAGGCAAGAUUCUGCCAGAUCCCAACACCAUCUGAAUCGCGCAACAUCACCAGCUCCUGAGGAACAGAAGCCAGUCAAGCGUCGACCAAGGACAGAUGUGGUUGUAGUCCGAGGCAAAAUCAGGCUAUAUUCCCCAUCAGGAUUCUUCCUUGUCCUGGGAGUGCUGAUUUCUUUCCUGGGAAUUGCUAUGGCUAUUCUUGGUUACUGGCCCCCAAAAGACUCAUUCCUAGAGCCUGAAGACAGCAUGUCACUAAAUGAGACUCGGUUAAUAGGAAAAGGAGAUGGAUUUAUUAUGCGUUUCAUUGAGCGGCAUUUACAUUCCGAUAAAAUGAAAAUGCUGGGGCCUUUCACUAUGGGGAUUGGAAUAUUUAUUUUUAUUUGUGCAAAUGCCAUGCUCCAUGAAAACCGGGACAAGGAGACAAAAAUUAUACACAUGAGGGACAUCUAUUCCACUGUAAUUGACAUCCAUGCUCUGAGAAUCAGUGAGCAAAGGCAGCUGAACGGUGCCUAUACCGGCUUAGCAGGAGAGAAUGAAAUCAAGCAUGGUGGAAGCUCUUGCGCAUCACGGCUGGCUGCAAAUACAAUUGCUUCUUUCUCAGGCUUUGCAAGCAACUUCCACAUGGUUAGCAAUGAUGAAGAGGAUGAAUUUGCUGGAAAUGAGACCAAGAAAUCAAUCCCAAAUCUUAUGUCACCUUUGCUGAUGGAACACUCUGGUUCAGUUUUUGGCCUUUACCCUCACUCUGGGAAAGCCAGGGAUGAAAGAAGCAGUGGCUCUCUGAAGUGUGAAACAAAAUCGAUUGUGUCAUCUUCCAUUAAUGCUUUCACAUUACCUGUAAUCAAACUGAACAACUGUGUUAUUGACGAGCCAAGUAUUGACAGCAUCACUGAGGAUUCAGCAAGGAGUAGAGACAGGCCUAGAAAUCUGUCCAUGGAUUCUUUAGCUCUCCCAUUAAUGAAUACCAGCGAUAGCUACAAAUCUGCCAAUGCUUUGUUACCACGCAACAAUUUAUAUGGAGAUUCUUCCUUCAGUCAGUUCAAAUCUUCAAUGACUUUCGGAGCCAGCACCGGACAGCUCUUAUCACCUGGUGCAGCCAGAAAACAGUUUGGGUCCAACACUUCUUUGCAUCUCUUGUCUUCACAUUCAAAGUCUCUAGACUUGGAUAGGGGUCCUUCUACUCUCACUGUCCAAGUUGAACAAAGAAAACAUCCAAGCUGGCCACGACUGGACCGGAGUAACAGCAAAGGUUAUAUGAAGCUAGAAAACAAGGAAGAUCCUAUGGACAGGCUUCUUGUACCACCAGCUGCAGCGAAGAAGGACUUUACUAAUAAAGAAAAACUGUUGAUGAUUUCCAGAUCUCACAAUAAUUUGAGUUUUGAGCAUGAUGAAUUUUUGAGUAACAAUUUAAAGCGUGGCACUUCAGAAACAAGAUUUUGAUGGUCAGAUGACUAUGGUUAAUAUAUUUGACAGUAUUUAUUUUAUAAAAUAAACAUUUUAAACCCUC